AUGUUCAAUGAAAUUAACAAAGUUGAACUAACAUAUAUUUUAUUUGAUGAAGGUUCCUUUUAUCUCGUUGAUUCUGGGUAUCCAUGUAUUGGAGGUUUUCUUCCCCCUUAUAGGGGUGAAAGGUAUCACGCACAAGAAUAUAGAGGUCAAGAUAGACAACCCAGAAGUCCGAAAGAGUUAUUUAACUAUAGACACUCGUCUCUAAGGAUGACAAUUGAGCGUUGUUUUGGGGUGCUGAAAAAUAGAUUUCCUAUUUUAAAGUUGAUGCCUCCUUAUAAGCCUUCUAGGCAACGACUCAUAGUUAUUGCGUGUUGUGCUAUUCACAAUUACAUACGCAAGUGGAAUUUACCGGACGAGUUGUUUAGGAUAUGGGAAGAAAUGGAUCCUAUCGAUCUUGAGGGAAUACAAGAAGGUCCUAUCAUAGAAGGAACAAGUUCCAAUGUCGACAACUUAACAAGGUUAUCUAAUGAAGGUGCAGCUAUAAUGACAAAGAAGAGAAAUCAUAUUAGAGAUGAGAUGUGGGUACACCGUAGCAAUUAA